CUGUGUCUCUGUGCCUUUCUCUGGCUGGCUUUACUUCUUCCCUCCUUAUCAUUAUUUCAAUGUACAUAUUUUUCUCCAUAGGACGACUGUAUAUUCACCAUCCUUGGAAUUUGCUCAAUCACUUCAUCUCCUGUGAAACCUACUCAGAAAUUCUAUCCCACUGACAGCACCAAGCCCACUGACGACCACCGUCGCAUGAGAUCUCAGCCUUCUCCCGCCUUGACCCUACAGCCAUGAUCACAAAUCGCCUACCAUGAUCUGGCAACGAACCUCUUCAUUCGGCAUCGACGGCUCCAGGCCAAACACUGCACCUCGCAACCGACCACGAGCUGAAUCUGACUUGGAAAAAGAUGGACAAGAUCACUCCCGCUUCUCCAACGACAACCACGACCACGACUACGGUCAACCGAUAGAUGAAGAAAACCCUUCGGUCGCAUCGUCACGUUCCCGCUCCGACAUGUCCAAGCCCAUGCUAACCAAAUCUCCCUACACCAACACCUCCAACAGACCCUCUACAUCCCACCUAAACCGACUCCCUCGUUCUAUGAUGCGAUAUCUUUGUCUAGGCGUGGCUGCCUCGCUCCUCAUCUUCAUAUUCUCGCUCGAACGUCUGAGUCAUCGCGCCGACAAAGAGGUCAAGGUGGCUAUUGAACAGGAAAAGAUCAAACCAAAGCCUCCUCCUUGGGAAUCGUUUCCAUUCCUCGAAAAAUACUACGGUGGCGUGCGAAAUCUUGUGCCCACCAAGCUGAACGUCCCAGAGUAUCCUCGUUCGAACGACGAAGUGCCAACCGAAAGUUUCAAUAUCACCGAGGAGUUGCGCGACAGCGAAGCUGCGAAAAAAUCUCAGAAGAGGGCCCUGCCCGACAGCAUCGUCUUCAACCCAUAUCCUAAUUAUACCACAGCCGAAUAUAUCGCAAAGUACGGCGACAAGGUCGACUGUUUUUUGGACACUGCCAAAUCAAUUACUGUCCCCCGCGUGCGGUACUUUGAUGGCAUCCCUCAAGGCUUUCCAGAUGCCGUCAUGGGUUCCGCCGAUUUGCUCGGUCUGCGAAAUGACAUUUGUGUCGACCGCUUUGGCCGUCUAGGUCCCUAUGGUUUGGGCUACAGCUUGAACCGAGGUGGCAGUGGUGCCCAGCAGGAAGGCGAACGGGAGGGCGCAGACCUAGUUUGGGUGGAAACCCCCGAAGUGGACUGGAGGGACGUCAAAUGGAACGAGGUCCAGAAUCGCUGUCUUCGUGACAACAGCCACCGUUUCAACGAGCUGCCCAAACCUCGUAUCGACACCUUCCGUGCCAUGCAGGUCGGUUCUCUACAGAGACGACAAGACGACCCUGAGUCAGAACCGCUAGCUCCAGAAAAGACUACAAAUUCAAGUAGUGCGCCCAAACCGGGUUCAGACAAGCUGCCUCGCACCGCCGUCCUCAUCCGCACAUGGUCCGACUACCGCUAUACUGCCGAAGACAAGAUUUACCUGCGCUCCUUGAUCUCUGAGUUGAUGCUCUUGUCCGGUGGCGAAUAUGCGGUCCAUUUUCUGAUCCAGAUCAAAAACAGCGAUGAGCCCAUCUUUUCCGACGAUGAAACUUACGAACGCAAGUUGCGCGAAUCCCUGCCCGACGAGUUUCGCGGCAUGGGAACCCUGUGGAAUGAGCGGCAGAUGCAUCUCAUGUAUGGCGGCCUCGAAGAGACCCACAUGCGAGGCCUUCCGGUGCACGGCGUCUAUCGUAGCACCUUUAUGCCCGUGCAGUAUUUCGCCCACCAACACCCCGAAUACGAUUACUUCUGGAAUUGGGAAAUGGACGUUCGCACAACACACCAUUGGUAUCACCUUUUUGAUCGCGUGAGCAAAUGGGCCAAGGCUCAGCCGCGCAAAUUGCUCUGGGAGCGCAACAGUAGAUUCUAUAUUCCAUCUGAACACGGCUCCUGGGAAGACUUUAGCCAGAUGGUCCGCAUCCAGACCGAGCAUGGAACUAAUAACGUCAACAACCUCUGGAGCCCCCUCAACCGCGAAAAGGACCCCAACGUACCCAAUGGCAUGGUACAGCAAGGUGACCGACCCAUCUGGGGACCCGAACGACCCAACGAUGAAAAAGACGAUGAAAACACCGGCUUCGAUAAGGACCCGGAACCACCCACUUCGUUCGACAAGGACAAAUACACGUGGGGAGUCGGUGAAGACGCCGACCUAAUCACAUUUAACCCUCUGUUCGACCCCGUGGGCACCACGUGGCUCCUGACCGAAGACACGACCGGGUACAACAAAGAGAAGGGCGGUCCUCCUCGACGCACCGCCAUCAUUACCGCGAGCCGGCUCUCGCGCAAGCUACUCGCCACCAUGCAUCGUGAAACGGCCAUCAGGCGGCACAGUAUGUUUUCGGAAAUGUGGCCAGCCUCGGCAGCACUGCACCACGGCCUCAAAGCUGUCUACGUGCCACACCCCGAGUACAUUGACCGCAAAUGGCCCACGAAUUACUUGCAAUCCGUCUUUAACGCGGGCCGCAACGGUGCCACGGGUGGGGCGAGGACUUCAGUCUUUGGCGAUCGGGAACACAACUUCCGUGGGACGACGUGGUAUUACAACGCCGGCUUCCCCGAGGUCUUGUGGCACCGCUGGCUUGGAAUGAAGAUCCAUAACGAGGGCGGCGAACAAGUCGAGGUCGCUGGCCAAGGCCGCAUGUGUCUCCCGGGCAUGUUGCUUCAUCCCAUUAAAAGGGUUGAGCUGGUUCAGGAGGGGAGAAAGGCCGACCAACCGGCUGGCUGAAAUUUGGGAUUUGUUCAACGUCACUGCAAUCUAUCUGUAUUGAAUAUACCCGGCGUCUUGUGGGUUUUGGGCAGAAACUGUCUUUGGGAUACGCCCUUGUGCCAACCGCGAAAUGUGGGCAAGCCUGCUCAUGAUUUGAAUGGCCUCCUUGGAUCGUGGCACCAUGUGGCAUAUGAAUAUUGGUCCAUUGGUAGAACGAACAUGUCUCCAACAGUGGAGAUAGCAUGAAUAUAUUAGCAAGCCAGU